AUGUGCUCAUGGAGUAGCGGAAGCAGAGGAAAAAAGUUAGUUUCCCUGGCUACUAUUUCUAAAGUUAAUACAGUGAAUUCAGAGGAAGAGCCUUGCUUAAGCGCUCAGAAUUAUUAUUGUGAUGAAGAUGUACUACAGGAUGUACAGAUGGAAGAAUUCAUACCAAUUACCAAGACUUGCGUAAUUGAUAAUGGAUCGAUGACUAUUCGAUACAUGGAUUCAGCUGAUACUGUUGGUGAGUAA